AUGGCACCCUCCUCCAGUCCGGCGGCGACCUCGACGGCCUCCGCAAGCUCCGCGCCUUCUCCCCCUGCCCCUUGGCCGGCUCCUGCGACUGGUUGGAGCUCGACUCACCGCUCCUCGCCGACGGUCGAUGGUACGCCACCAACCAGAUCUUACCCGACGGCUCUGUCGUCAUCGUCGGCGGCCGCGCCGCCCCCUCUGUCGAGUUCUACCCGCCGUCCCGCCCCCUCCGCAAUUUCCCCUUCCUCGCCACAGCCGAGGACGCCCAGAUGGACAACCUAUAUCCCUUCGUCCACCUCCUCCCCGACGGCCGCCUCUUCGUCUUUGCUAACGCCCGCUCCAUCCUGUACGACGUCGACUCGGGCGACGUCGUCCGCGUGUACCCGGAGCUCGACGGUGGACCCCGGAACCACGAAAACACUCCCACUUCUGACUGAGGAUAUCACCUUCGUCUGUCAGAGGUACGGGUCCCAAAUUAUCAUCCCUGCGACCAUGGCAGUGGCCUCUGCUUUCGCUUCGAUCAAGUCCGGAGGAAUCCCCGGCCUCUUCUUCCUCGUUGGCCUUCUCUUUACGUGCGCGUGCCGGUCGUUACGUGCGCAGCAGCUCCCGGGCACUUGGGAGGUGGUGCUGGAGGACGCGGGAAUCGCUUCCAUGCACACUGCCGUGACCCGGUUCGGUACCGUGGUCCUCCUCGAUCGCACCGGCAUCGGGGCCUCCCGCCUACGCCUCCCUCGCAGCCGCUGCCGCAUUGACCCCGGCGACAGCCUCCUCCCCCCAGGCGGCAAGGACUGUUCAGCUCAUUCUGCCCUCCUCGAUCCCUCCUCCCGCCGCCUCCGCCCCCUCUCCGUCCUCACCGACACCUGGUGCUCUUCCGGUCAGUUCCUCCCCAAUGGCACCCUCCUCCAGUCCGGCGGCGACCUCGACGGCCUCCGCAAGCUCCGCGCCUUCUCCCCCUGCCCCUUGGCCGGCUCCUGCGACUGGUUGGAGCUCGACUCACCGCUCCUCGCCGACGGUCGAUGGUACGCCACCAACCAGAUCUUACCCGACGGCUCUGUCGUCAUCGUCGGCGGCCGCGCCGCCCCCUCUGCCGAGUUCUACCCGCCGUCCCGCCCCCUCCGCAAUUUCCCCUUCCUCGCCACAGCCGAGGACGCCCAGAUGGACAACCUAUAUCCCUUCGUCCACCUCCUCCCCGACGGCCGCCUCUUCGUCUUUGCUAACGCCCGCUCCAUCCUGUACGACGUCGACUCGGGCGACGUCGUCCGCGUGUACCCGGAGCUCGACGGUGGACCCCGGAACUACCCGUCCGGUGGCUCCUCCACUAUGCUCCCUCUCGAUCCGGCCGGCGGCUACACGAGGGCCGAGGUGGUAGUCUGCGGUGGGGCUCAGUACGGGGUCUUCCUCCACCGACAGACCGACAUGCCUGCCGCCACAACCUGCGGCCGGAUCUCGGCGACAGACCCGGACGGGGCCUGGGCCGUGGAGGAGAUGCCGUUCCCGAGGGUCAUGGGCGACAUGGUGAUGCUCCCAACGGGAGAGGUGCUCAUCAUCAACGGCGCGCAGGCAGGGUCGCAGGGUUACGAGAUGGGCUCCAACCCGUGCCUGAACCCCGUGCUGUACCGGCCCGACCAACCCGCCGGCCUGCGGUUCAUGACGUUGACUCCGACAACCAUCCCUCGGAUGUACCACUCCACUGCCAACCUCCUUCCGGACGGCCGCGUCCUCGUGGCCGGGAGCAACCCGCACUACUUCUACCGCUUCGCAGGGGACUUUCCUACGGAGCUCCGUGUCGAAGCCUUUUCGCCCGAGUACCUGGCGGCAGACAAGGCCAGUCUUCGGCCGGUAAUCAAGGCGGCUCCGGAGAGGGUCUGGUACGGGGACGAGUUCGUGAUGGAGGUGGAGGUGCCGCUGCCGCUGGUGGGACUGAUGGAGGUGAACCUGCUGAGCGCGCCAUUCGCCACGCAUUCCUUCUCGCAGGGGCAGAGGAUGGUGAAGCUGGCCGUUUCACCAGCGGUGACGGUGGCGGACGGCGGGGGGGACGGGACGCCCUACAGCUACAGGUUUGGGUGCAAGGCGCCGCCGGACGGGAGGGUGGCGCCGCCGGGGUAUUACAUGGCGUUCGCGGUGAACCAGAUGGUGCCAAGCGUGGCUCGCUGGGUCCAGCUGGUGCUUUAAGAAAGUUGCCAUGAAAAGAAUGCUUAUACAGACGAGACUGCAACCUCUUUUCUCCUCGUAAUUAAUUAUGGUCAAAUAGUAGAAUAGUUAAAUGACUUUACUGAAGGCCUUUAGUGGUCCUGUAACUAAAGCUUCUGCAGAGUAAAUAUGGAUCGAUAUAUUGUCCCGAAGCUUUAUUCUGCUUAAUGUAUGUCUGUCCUUCAAUCCUAAUGAUCUGUACCCGAAUAGAAUAUACCCGAUCCGUUUACAACCCCUAAAUGUGUUGGUGGCGAUGAAGCGGAGUGGAGGGCGAGGAUACCACAGAGGGAAAGAGGAGACGGUGAAGCUGAUAACUGCCGAGGGUUUUGAGUUCGUGGUCAAUAAGAAGCCCAUCGUGGUCUCCCAAACCAUCCGCAACAUGCUCAUCUCCCCCUUCUUCUUCUUCCUUUCCUUGUUCUUUCCCCAUUCUCUGAUGUUGAUGUCAAUUGCGAUUACGAGAAUUUUUCUUACAUUUGUUGGCGCGCAGAUAGCUUCGCGGAGACGCAGCACGGCAGGUGAUUUUUCCGGAGACCAGCACUCCUAUCCUCGGGGCCAAUGCUUCUACUGGUCCGUCGAACAGCCUAGGUUGCCAUCCUUCACUUCCAUCUCGCAUUCUUGCUGGUUUGCUUGUAACAUCUAAGAACAAGCUUUCCACUCACUUGGAUGUUGUUCUUGGCAGAGGAAAAGAAACAGUUUCUUAUCGAACCUGAUAUUACUUUGGAGUUGAUGAUGGCUGCUAUCUUCACAUUUGAGAUGCUGGUGCUCAUUGUAGUCAUUGCACAAGAAAUUUGUUAAACAUUGAUAUAUUUUUCUCGUCUAUGAUCUAUCUGGUGUGGAUUGUUGCGAAGGUUGGAAGCUUCUUUAUGCUAAGUGCUCAACUAAGUUUUAAACUUUUUAUCUCAUAGUUGUCAACUAAUUACUAGGAAUGCUAAAGGUGUUCAGUACAGUGAGAUUGUCAUGGUUGAUCACAGAAAAGGGAGGCUACUAGUUAAUACAUGCAUGAAUUAAAGCACCAAUAUUCAACCAGUUUCAGCACUCCGCAUCCCCAGCAGUCCGCAAGAUUUUGCGCCCUGGAUGUCAUAGCAAUCCAGGUGGAUCCACAGCUCAUUGGCAGCUAUCUAAAUGGUGAUGCUUAUGGAUCAAUCUGAAGGCUGUUUUAUAUGUACAUACUCCCAAAUUUCUCAGCUUCAUCAACCCUGUGAAAACUGCCACUGUUCCUUGGAGAUGCACUGGAAGAGUCUCUCGUAAGCAGCGGCCAUCUUCGUGGCCGUAAACAGAUGCAGCGCUCUGCUCCUGGCGACCUCCCCUUUCUUCGACAGAACCUGCUUCCCAUCCUUCAUAAUCUUGUACAGGGACUCCUUCAGUGACUCGACUGUUGGCAAGAACGUGUAACCGACGUUCGAUCCUACUAUCAGAGAGCCUGUAAUGCUCGCGAA